UAAACAACUAUCCAUCAAUAUCGUCACCACUAAGAAGUAGCACUACAUUAGCUUUGAGAAACAAUGGCUUUUCUAAAACCUUAUUGUGUUUUCAUGUUUAUGGUUCUCUUCUCUUCUUACGUUAUUACUCUUUCUGUAGCUGAUCGCCCUAAUGUAUUCUCUAAGUUCCCUUCUUACUGGGGUGGUGGUGGUGAUGAUAGUAAUGAAGGAAAUGGUGGUUUCGGCGGUGGUGGUGGUGGUGAUGAUAGUAAUGAAGGAAAUGGUGGUUUCGGCGGCGGUGGUGGUUAUAAUGGAGGGUAUUCUAGUCUUUUCCCUGGAUUUUAUGAAAAUUCAUGUCCUCAAGUUGAUGACAUUGUCAUGUCAGUCCUGGAACAAGCCAUUUCUAGACAGCCUAGAACCGCUGCCGCUUUGCUUAGGCUUCAAUUUCAUGACUGCUUCGUUCAGGGUUGUGAUGCAUCAAUUUUACUAGACGAUAGCUCUACGAUAGCUAGCGAGAAGCGUUCCAACGCAAACAGGAAUUCCAUUCGAGGAUUCGAAGUUAUCGACGAAAUCAAAUCUAAGUUAGAACAAGCGUGCCCUCAAAUUGUUUCUUGUGCUGAUAUUGUUGCACUUGCUGCUAGAGGCUCAGUUGUACUAAGUGGCGGACCUAACUGGGAGGUUCCAUUAGGAAGAAGAGAUUCAAGAACAGCAAGCCUCAGUGCCUCAAACAACAACAUUCCCCCACCAAACUCAACUCUUCAAAACCUUAUUGCACUCUUCAAUCGCCAAGGUCUUGGUGAAGUAGACCUUGUUGCACUCUCAGGGAGUCACACUAUUGGGGUCGCAAGAUGUGUGAGUUUCAAGCAAAGGCUAUACAACCAAAAUGGAAACGACCAACCUGAUGAAACCUUAGAGAUUAACUACUUUAAUAACUUGAAAUCAGUUUGUCCUAGAUCAGGAGGUGAUAACAUUAUAUCUCCGUUGGAUUACAGCUCUCCUACCAAAUUUGACAAUGCUUACUUCCAAUUGAUAAUAUUGGGAAAGGGGCUUUUGAAUUCAGAUCAAGUGUUGCUGACACAAAACACAAGAACCAUGGAGUUGGUACAAAGUUAUGCCGAAGAUGCAAGUUUGUUCUUUGAGGAUUUUGCGAGUUCCAUGGUGAAAAUGGGAAACAUUAGUCCUCUUACUGGUUACAAUGGAGAAGUUCGAAAGAACUGUCGUUUCAUUAACUAAAUAAUGUAAACUGAAAUGUGGUCUGCUUGAAAUUUAGAUACGUCGAUUCUGCUUCUGUGGUAUUAAUAUGGCGUUGGGUGUUUUGGUGUGUGUUAAACUUUUAGCAUGAAUUAUAAUGAAAUAAAUUUGGGUUGAUUGCUAA